AUGGCAGACAGCAUAGGCAUAGUCAUUGACAGGGCCUGUCAGGAUCCGGAAGGCAAAACUGACGAGGAGUCCUGCAGCCGCUUGAAGCUGCACUUGCGGCACUUUGCAGCCGAUCAGUGCACAUCUGCCCGGAAGUGUGGAAGGUUGUUGGUCACUGGCGGCCAGUAUCCUAACCUGGUCUGGGUAAGCCAUGAUCCUGCGCACCAGGUUCGUAUUGCCUACCAGGACCCUCUUCACGCCAUGCCCGAUUUCCAAGACCAGUGGGAGCGUUUGUUUGCUCCCGGCAAGGGCAAGCAUGCGCUUAUCCCGGACAUCCAGAACUCAGAAGUCUGGAAGGCCAGGCUCAUGGCGGCCCAGCAAGAGGUUCUCAGGCUCCAUGGCUCCCAUGCUGGUGUGGAGAAGGUGAUCCGAGCGUUGUCGUUCUCCCAACCUCGGUUUGACUCGUCGGCCACACCAAUGCUGAAGUACUUGUGCAUGAUUCGUGCGAUGGCGGUCUUAUGUGCUAUGCAGGCUGCUGACGAGAGAAACACGGUCGAGAUUCGCUCCCGAGCAGAGCGCGCCUUGCAAAACAUGAAUGCAGCAGCCCUCAUGCGCUGUGGACUCACUUGCGACUACACAUCUGAGGGCCUGGGUUUCUUGCGCAGGAACUUUGACAUUGAGGAUCCAGAUGUAUCCUGCACCCCCAGAGUGCUGGAAGAGUUCACCAAGCGCCAGCGGUUCUUAUUUGUGGAUGGAUACAUCCUCUCCGACAGCUCGCAGGUUCCCAGUUCCGUGGACGGCUCCGAGGAUCCAGGCUCCCAGGCUCCCAGGAGGUGUGCAACCCAGUUAGUUUACGAGGAGAUCCAGACACCAGAGCCGAUCUUCUAUGGCAACAGAGUCCACUACCUGUGCACGAAGGCCGGCAUUUCUGAUGUAAGGCAGAUCAUGGGAACUAUGGCGCACGUGGUCGAGGCGAUGCUGGAGCGUUUGCGAGUAGAUCUGACGGAGGAUGAGAUCGCCGUGGCUCUGCAGGUAUUCAACCUUCGGCUGUGGCAGGAGACGAACCGACAACAGGAGCUAGUGGACUCUACACGCAAGCUCUGGGAUAUGCUCAAGCUUUCGCACGGGGAGAUUGCGAAGAGUCGCAAUCUUGCUUCAGAGAAAGUCAAGGCACUCGGGCACCCUGGCCUGUCCGACACCUUUUGGACAUUUGCAAAGACUGUCCAGCUGCUCAAGGUCGAAAAAGUCCAGGAUGGUGAGGAACAGAACUUGAGGUACAACAACACCUUGUACAACAAGGCCUUACACCAGGCUGCCACAGCAGCUGUUGCAGUGCUGCGGGGUCCAUCCGGUCCCGUGGAGAAGGCUGCCCGGAGAUUGGGGCUGGAAUUUGGGCGGGGCAUCUUGAGCAGUCAGUACUCGAAGUUGAGCAAGCUGUUAUCGCUGACCAACAAGCUCGCAUCUGCUACCAGAAACGCUGUAGACCUGACGGCCUGGAUGAUCGACUCCUUGACGCUGGCCCUGCGCAUGAACAUGGUCACGCCAGCUAAAUGCACCGAGAAGUUUCUGGAUCGAGACCGGAAGACAGGCGAUGCUGGCUUUUGGUUGUCGCGCAUGCUGGUGGUGCAGGUCUUCGAUUAUGCAGCAAAGCUGGCGAACAAGUUGCCUGAGCCGGACAAGGUUAAGCUGACAGGGAUUUUGGCUGAACUCCGUUGCCCUUCCACAUGUUGGGAGAAAUAUCUCUGCCAUGCUGAUGCUGAUCAAGGGGCUGCUGGAGAGGACGACAUGGACGGCGAGGACCCAGAGGACGUGGAGCGCCCUGUUCCGCAGUCCAAGAUUGGAGCUGUUAAAGAGGGUUUCAACAAAGCCAUUGGCAUGCUUUUGGAUUUGCUGCUGGAGCUGAUGUCGGGGAAGUACUACAAGGAUUGCUGCAUGCUGGCUUCGAGUGAAGAUGGCCUUGCAAAGGCAUUGACAGCUGCACAGCUUGGAAGCUCGGAUGACACGGAGCACGAGGAGCCAUGUGCGCUUAUCACUCAGAUGAAGAUCAUUGUCGACAAGUUCGACAACAGCACGAAGUCCGUUGGUGCCACAUCUGCGGCUCCUGCUCCGAGUUUGCUCCAAAGCCUGGCCAAGGCUUCUGAAGCUGACACACCCGAGGAAUGUGUCGAGCGUGAGCGGCAGUGGAAGGCGGUGCAAACGGAACGCCGCAAGUUCGUGUCGUUCUCGGUACCGAACAAGAUCUCGAAGGACUGCCUAGUCAAUGCGUUCAGAGGUUGCGGCAAGGUCUUCACGCACAAGGGCACCUUAAACUCUUCGCACCGCCUGAUCGUUGCCAGUGCGGAUCUCUUGGCAGAGGCUGGUACCGACCCGUGGCUCAAGGGCACUCCGCCAAGCGAGGAAUGGAAAGAGAUCUGUGCCUUUGCCAAAGACAUUUCUGGGCCCGAGGAUUUCGUCGUACUCUUCGACGGCAGAAUGCGGGAAAUUCGCCGCGUGUCCGAAGACCUCCUGCUGAACCAGCAGCACACCGAGGAGUGCACCAUCGUGUACUCAGGUGGGUGCCCGCCGAGAACUGGUCGCACUCGCCGCGUUCCGCUGGCUGCAAAGAAGGUGGAGACAGGAGCGGUUAAGUUCCCGGUCGCACGCACCAAGAUUCAGACGACGAAGAAAGGCUCCUUCACAGUCUGCGGCGAGGCUUCUACGUACCAAGGCACUUACUCAGGCGUGGAGUACCGUGCGGUUUCUGAAAUGCCCCUCGUGUCUGCAGACACCAAGAAGAAGAUCAUUGCUCCGGCAACAACCGGCGACCUCCCGACACCGCCAGAGGACUGGCAGGAUCGCCACGGCUCCGACGUACCCUUGUUCUGGAACGAGUCGAAGCCGAUAGCAUAUUGGAAUGCCAUCAUUGAGGAGUUUUUGCGCGGCCUCAACAAGGAGCACAUGUCGUGGGUCCAGGCGGUUGCUGAUCGCGCAGCUUGCGGAAUGAUGGCUUUGGAGGGAUCCACUCUUUACUCGGACGAGAAUGCCAAGGCGGUGAAGAAGCAUUUCCCGCACGUUCUGGAGAGCUUGUCCAACCAAGACGACCAGGACGAGGCCUACCAGACGCCUCUGGGGCAAAACCAGUCUCAAGACGGCUUCUCGUCGGAUGCCCCGGGGGCUCGAAGGGCCUUCGUCAUCUGGUUCCAGGAAAACUCCGAAGUCAAGAAAGGCGCUCCCAAGCACGAGUUUCUCAAUGAGAUGAAGCAUCUUGGCGCAGUCUGGCAGGGCAUGACCGACAAGCAGAAGGCACCAUUCAUGGCGAGGAGCAAAGAUGAGUUCAUGGCUCAGCGAAGUGCACUGGCCGUUCUUGGCAUCAGGAUGCGGGGCUCCACGACCAGUGCGGGCGGCCCCGACGAGGCGAAGGACCCCCCUGCCGCUGACGAAUCUGGCGGUCGCGUUGGCCCAUUUGAGCUUAAUGGUGCAAGGGCUCCAAUUGGAGGCGGAGCCUAUGGCAGUGUCUACAGUUGCCAGCAUCCGCAAAGCGGCCUUAACGUGGCGGUGAAGGUUUAUCGUGGCUCCGAUGGCCCCGCGGAUUGCAGGCACGAAGUGGAGCAGAUGAAGCUUCUAAUGAAGGCCGUUCCGCAGCAGAAGAUGAUGUGGUUCCCGCUUCUUGUCAGCUCGGGUGUCACGGGCAGACCUUGGCCAUGGAUGGCUACUAGCCUAUGUGGGCCCAGCCUGGCAACCGCACUUCGAAAUCCUGCGGCGCAUGGCAAGCCGAGGACGUGGUCUGUGGCAGCUCAGCUGAGAAGUGCACUGCAGACCUUGCAUGACGCAGGCAUCCUACACUUGGAUGUGAAACCUGGCAAUGUUCUUUGGUGCCCUUGCACAGAUCAGGUGCAGGUGUGCGACUUCGGCAUGAGUGAGAACAUGGCACGGCUCCAGAAGGCUUCUCAGGCUCCCAGGUUCCUGCAGUAUGUCACGGCUGCCUAUCGACCUCCGGAGCUGUGGCCCGCUCGUGUGAAUGGCGAUGGAGACUGCGGUGUCAGAAAGCAGCUGCUGACUGCAGCUGUGGAUAUGUGGGCCUAUGCUUGCGUGGUGUUUGAGGUGGAGACCGGGAAUCCCUUCAUGCCCAAGGGGGAGGCCGGACUGAGAGCGUGGUGCAAGCAGUGGCCCGAGCUGUGGAAAACACGCAGCGACUUAGCCAAUUGCCCCGCUGCAAGUCACACGUGCUGCACAAAGGUGCUUCGAGCCGGUAAAUGGGGGCUGUUUGUGUUGGUCGGCUGUGCUCCAGACCCCGGAAAGCGGCGGUGGCCGGAGCUCUGUCUGAAUCAGAAAUGA